GCAUACAGUGUUUUCAGUGAGGCGGGAGAAAACAAGCAGUGAUAAUUGUUCCACAGGAGACUCUAUUCGUCACUAUGAUGCAACCGAAAAUACAAGGCUGCUGUUACAUUUGGAGGUUUCUGCUGGUGUGAUAGAAGUGUCUGAUAGACAAAGCUGUACAAGGUUGAUGAAUUGAAAGUGCCUUUGCGAAGUCACUUGUACAAGAGACAACUUCUCUGUCAUUGUUAAGAUUUGAUUUCUGCCGGCUGAACAUUGCUCUUAUCUUCUAUGUCGUCCGUGGCAGUUUACCAGCUGCUUGAUGGGAAACUGAUUCCAGCAUUUGAAAAGCCAGAGGAAAAGAUUAGGCCGGGCACGAAAACCGCUGAAUGUAUAGCUCUUCGUAUAUAAUCGUUGCCAACGCAGAGGACACAAGAAGCUCAGAUGUUACUGAGGAGCGUCGUUGCAUGAAAACAAAGCUGAACACAAGUGUGUCGACAAAGCCAAUCAACGAGCCAGAAAUGCUAUGGAGCAUGAAUAUAUUGCAGCCAAAAGUUUACAAGUGGCACAUAUUGAUUGACUGACAGGCUUGCUGAUAAAUAGUAGCUCAUUCAGCUCUGUGCCUAGUGGGCUCUGCUAAACAUUUCUUACUUCAUCACUGCUGGGAGCUAUUGUCUCUGAAAGACUUUCAGUCUUGGAGUGAUUUCAAGUCACUCCCAAAUCAGUUUUGCACCAUGGCUUUGAAUGUCGCUCCUGUCAGAGACACAAAAUGGCUGACGUUGGAAGUGUGCAGACAGUUUCAGAGAGGAACUUGUUCACGCUCUGAUGAGGAAUGUAAAUUUGCACAUCCCCCGAAAAGCUGCCAGGUUGAAAAUGGAAGAGUUAUUGCCUGCUUUGAUUCUCUAAAGGGUCGUUGCACAAGAGAGAACUGCAAAUACCUUCAUCCACCAACACAUUUGAAAACUCAGCUAGAAAUUAAUGGCAGGAACAACUUGAUCCAACAGAAAACUGCAGCAGCAAUGCUAGCGCAGCAGAUGCAAUUUAUGUUCCCAGGAACACCACUUCAGCCGGUGCCCUCCUUUCCUGUAGGGCCGACAAUAGGAACCAACACAGCAUUAAGCUUUGCACCGUAUUUAACAUCUGUCACUCCCGGGGUUGGAUUAGUUCCUACUGAAAUUGUUCCCACGCAACAAGUAAUUGUUCCUGGAAGUCCCCCUGUCACAGUUCCUGGGUCCACGACAACACAAAAGCUCCUCAGGACAGACAAACUGGAGGUAUGCAGGGAGUUCCAGCGAGGAAACUGUGCACGGGGUGAAACCGACUGCCGCUUUGCACAUCCAGCAGACAGCACAAUGAUUGAUACAAAUGACAACACCGUAACUGUUUGUAUGGAUUACAUAAAAGGGCGCUGCAUGAGGGAGAAAUGCAAAUAUUUUCACCCUCCUGCUCACUUGCAGGCCAAAAUCAAAGCUGCUCAGCACCAAGCCAACCAGGCCGCAGUGGCGGCCCAGGCUGCCGCUGCCGCUGCUACAGUGAUGACUCAGUCGACUGCCAAAGCAAUGAAGCGACCUCUCGAAGCAACUGUAGAUCUGGCCUUUCCUCCCGGCGUCCUUCACCCUUUACCAAAGAGGCAAGCUAUUGAGAAAAGCAAUGGUGCCAGUGCUGUUUUUAAUCCCAGUUUCUUGCACUACCAACAGGCUCUAGCUAGUGCACAACUGCAGCAACACGCAGCAUUUUUUCCAACAGAUAAUCCUCAAGUAGCCAACAGGAAUGGAAUGGAAUGUCAAGAGGCUUCGUUGAGAACAGCAAAGCAUUGUUACUGUACAUACUACCCUGUCUCUUCCUCGAUAGAAUUGCCACAAACUGCAUGCUGAGUAACGAGUUUGUUCGUCCGGACAAAUCACAAACACUAAGGAGCUAGUGCUGCUAUAUCAUAUAGGAAUAUUAAAUAUGGUAUGCUUAGUAUAUUCCAAACUAAUCUAGUUAACUACCUGAUGCUAGCUGUGAUGGUUCAAGACAUAAAAAAGGGUAACGUUUUACUUUUAAAAGAUUUUAUACGACACCGUUUACUUCUUAGGAGUAUUGUCUUGCCACCAUAACUAUAGCUAAUGUAAGUAGUCCUAUUCAUGUAUUAUUGUAGGGUUCACAACUUUAUGAAUCUUUCAAUGUUAGCAAUAAACGAUUUACAUUGGCCACUAAGCCCAGGAUCCAAAGAACCACACGACAAAUUCCACACGGUCAAGGUAGCUUUCUCCAGCAGCCAGUUUUGGCCAACUCCACAGGACACAUCACUUUUGAAACUGCAGAAAAUUUCAGCAAAGGAAUCUGCUGCUCAAAUUGGGGAGUUGGGGGGGGUUAAGUUAAAAAAAAUCACACUGGGCAUGUGCAAGCACUUGGGUGCACUGGGAUAACUCUUUGGAUCCUGGCCAAUACACACAAACCGGAGAUCUUAACUUUUAACCCUUUGACAAUUUUUGUACUCUCUUAAAAAGCUCACUUCUCUGCUAGGCAGUUGAUGCCAAGAUAAAAGAGGUGACGUGAAAAGCAGAACCCUCGAUUCCUGCAUGUCGCCACCUAAAAAUUCCCAAUAGAGUCCAAGGUAAAGCACAAAUUGCUGAGAUGCACAGAUGAUUUUAGACUUGUAUGGAGAAGCAGUAUCGGAAUGACGGCAUUCUAGAACUGAAGCUAAAACCUCCUUUGCACGGUAUGAUUUUCAUACCCCUAACAAAGUCUUGACUAUGUUAUUUUACAAAGAGAGAAAAUAUUUUUUAAAAAAAAGCCUUUGCAGAAGUGCCUAAAUUUUGCCACGCCAGACUUGAAAAUAAGUGAUCCUGAGGUCUCUAAUUGAAUCUAUACCAAGUGAUUUAAGCUUUUAAGAUUUACAAUCAGGUUACCAAAAAGAACUUGUUAUGAAAUAACUUCUUCCCAACUAAAGAGAACGGGGCUAUAGAUGAAGAGAUUAGCAUGAUAAUCUAAUUUAAUUAAAACUGGCUGCAGUCAUUGAAAACUUGAUAAGUGACUUUAAAUCUAGAAGGUUAGGAGAAUUUGAACAUGAUAUAGAGAGAGCUUCAAUUUAUUCAUUCUUACUGUUGCCGUAUUUUUAAAACUGGGUUAAAGAAGUUGUAACCGGAUUACAGCACAGAGAGAGAAACUAGUUCUUUUAACCUUUUUUUUUUCUUUAAAAGUUUAUUUUAUGUCACAGAAAAUGAAGAUAUCUUUAAUACAGCUAUAUACAUAUUAUAUAUAUACACAUACAUAUAU